AUGGUUGACCCAGGAAACGUGGAACUGUAUUCGGACAGCUGUGCACUUCUGCUGGUAGGCCUUGCUCCAAAACAUGAAUCCGAGGGACGUAACCAGUUUGUCGUAACUGAUUUGCUGAAAACCUCGUUACAGGCCCGGCGAAUGGAUGCCGUUGUCAAUUUUACCAAGCUAUUGAUUUCGAGCUCUUUUGACGACGACACCGAGAACGAGACAUUCCAACACUUUAUCAACACAUCAAGACAAAGCCUUCCGAGGUUUGAGACACUCUUACACAUAAGGGAUCUUUCCAAGCAAUGUGUGGUAUCAGCACAACUGCCACUUAGUUUGAUAACAGAUUCAGAUAACGGUGUUCGCUGUGGUACGUUGUAUUUCAAAGAAGAGUAUCUUCCAAUGCUUGUUCAAAAUGGGAUCAGUUCAUUCAAGAAAGAUCUCAAUCUUCUGUGCAGAAAGUACCCAGCACUGGAGUUUCCAGAUGUUGAUAAAGUAUGGCAAUAUAUCGUUCGCAAUGGGAAAGAAGAUGUUAUGGAAUCUGGAUCUGGGUUUUCGAUGUUCUCCUCACUUGGUGGUGAUUUUCAGCUCACCACUUUCCCCAAGACAUUGAUGGAAGAAGCUAAGAAGAAUCCAUGGAAGACAGUGAAGGAGUUCCAAUCAAUUGCGAUAGACAAUGUCUUCCCUCUGCUAUUGAUAUCCGUUUUUGGACCGACGGGAGGCAGUGAAUACGCAAGAGCCACAUGGAGCAAUACGAGGAUCCUCAACCGGUCACUCUUCAAGGAUGGGAUGUUUAUUAUGGCGGGUAAAAAGAAGAGAACAUCUCAGAACAAACCAAAUGCACGGACAGAUAGAGAAACGUUUGCUUACGGUUGGUGGGGUUCAGAUAACGAGUGGGCUGGAACAUCAUGA